AUGAGUUAUAACUAUCGCCGCAACAGCGGCGACUCGCUAGAGGAUUAUGUCCAGCACCAGGGAACAUACAAUUAUUCACAUCAGCCCAGCCAAGAAUCUCUUAAUUUUCAGCACCCACAGCCCGUGUACAACAACCAUCAGCCGAGCUAUGACGACUUUACCGAGUACUACCAGGACCCCGUGAGGCCUACUGAAAUCUUCACGGCUCCAGCACCGCCACAACUCGAACCAUUGGCACAGGAAAAUCCAUUUGAUAAUCGAUUGUCGGAUCCCGUACACGACAACUACGAACUCAACAAUUUCCAUGACUACAACUAUGCCACGACCAACGACUAUCACCAGGCGUUUGUUCCCCACGUGUACGAUGACGAUGAGGAACGCGAGUUCGAUAGACAAAUCGAAUACAACCAGUUUGACGGUGAUUCCUAUGACUUGAAUGUCGUCCAAGUACCGUCAAUUGUGUCGAAAGAAGACUUGAUUGACGUUCCAGAGUCACCAUUUGGCGACGAGCGCGAUCUCCCCGAACCACCAGAUGAAGAGCCUGUCCGCUCCAAACCACAGAUCGGAAUUGCCUCGGGCUUAAACGGACAUUUGGUAUUGGAUUGUCCUGUUGCGACCGAGCUCUUGACAAAGUUUCCGGGUUACAGACCCGAUGUGAAAGAUGGUGGAUUAGCCAGAGAAUUCUCGUAUAUGAGAUACACUGCUGUGACGUGUGGACCGUCGAAUUUUUACCGUGAUGGUUAUAUCUUACGUCCUGUUCAUUAUCCCAUGCCUCGUCAAACCGAGAUCAUGAUUGUGGUUACAAUGUACAAUGAAGAUGAUAUUUUGCUUGCUAGAACCUUGAAGGGUAUCUUCAAGAACAUCAAGCAUCUCGAAUCGAGAACCAGGUCGCCGGUAUGGGGAAAAGAUUCAUGGAAGAAAAUCGUCGUUUGCGUCGUCAGUGAUGGUCGUUCGAAAAUUAACGAGCGUGCUCAAGCGCUCUUGGCAGGUCUUGGAGUUUAUCAGGAAGGUCUUGCCAAGAGUAGAGUCGACGACAAGAAGGUGCAAGCUCACAUCUACGAAUAUACCACUCGAGUUGGUAUUCUGAGUGUUGACGAUACAGUAAAGUUAACCACCGAAAAAAUCGUGCCAGUUCAGCUUCUUUUCUGUCUCAAGGAAACGAACGCAAAAAAGAUCAAUUCCCAUAGAUGGUGUUUCCAAGCGUUGGGCCAGGUCCUCGACCCUCGUAUAGUGGUGUUAUUGGAUGCGGGAACCCAACCUUCAGGAAAAUCGUUGUACCAUCUUUGGAAGGAAUUCGAGAAAGACCCUCGAGUUGCAGGUGCAUGUGGUGAAAUCAAGGCUUCCUUACAAAAGAGACAAAUCAUCACCAAUCCUAUUGUGUACGGACAAAAUUUCGAGUACAAAAUUUCGAAUAUUUUAGAUAAACCAACAGAAAGUGUGUUUGGCUUCAUUUCGGUUUUGCCUGGUGCUUUUUCGGCCUAUCGUUAUGUUGCUCUCCAGAAUGACGUCAAUGGUAGAGGUCCUUUAGAGAAAUAUUUCAAGGGUGAAUUUCUUCAUGGAAGUGGAGAAUUGGAUCCUGAGGAUGACGAAUAUCAACUCAAAAAGGCUCAGUUGAAGGAUGAAGCAGGAAUUUUCACCUCCAAUAUGUACCUUGCAGAAGAUCGUAUUCUCUGUUACGAAUUGGUUGCAAAAAGAGGCUGUUCAUGGCUUCUUAGAUAUUGUAAAAGUGCUAGUGCCGAGACUGAUGUCCCCGAAGGAUUGGCUGAGUUUAUCUUGCAAAGACGGAGAUGGCUUAAUGGAUCGUUUUUUGCAGCCAUUUAUUCGUUAGCACACUUUCCAAAAUUGUGGACUUCAUCGCAUUCUAUAGGAAGAAAGUUCUUCCUCCAUAUCGAGUUUUUCUACCAAUUUUUGAAUCUUAUUGUGUCUUGGUUUUCCAUCGGGUCUUACUUUUUGGUAUUCAGAAUAUUGACCACUUCUUUGGCCUCAAAGGACUUACAUUUUGCUCCUGGAAACGUCUUGUCUGUUGUGUUUCUAUGGCUUUAUUUGGCAUCGAUUGUCACUACAUUUGUGUUAAGUUUUGGUAAUAAGCCCAAGGGUACGGAAAAGUUUUAUAUUGUCAUUGUUGUUUUCUUCGCCAUUUUAAUGGCAUAUAUGAUAUUUGCUGCGAUAUACAUGGCAGUUCAUGCAAUCCAGGCGAUAUACAAUGAUCACACUAAAAUUACCGUGAGUCUAUUUUUCAAGAAUGCUCAAUUUAGAGACUUGGUGGUUGCAACAGCAUCCACGUAUGCUCUAUAUUUCAUAUCAUCUUUCCUUUACUUUGAACCAUGGCAUAUGUUCACGUCGUUCCUUCAGUACAUUCUUUUGUCUCCCGCCUAUGUGAAUGUGUUGAAUAUCUAUGCAUUUUGUAACAUUGAUGAUAUUUCAUGGGGUACCAAAGGUGAUACUGGAGCCAAAGAUUUGGGUGCUGCUAAGGUUAGAGAAGACGGUACUUUCGACGUUAAUAUUCCUAUUCUCAAAGAGGAAAUCAAUCAGUCAUACCUUGACCAAUUGGAAAAAAUCAAAAAGCCCACUCCAAAAGAAGCUUCAAAGCCUCCAACAAGCAAUGAGGAUUAUUAUGCAUUUAUUCGUUCCAUGACUGUAUUAGUAUGGAUGUUUUCAAAUUUCGUGUUGAUAGCGGUGGUUCUCGAAACCGGUGGGUUCAACCAGUUGGAUCCUGGUAGUGACGAUACCUCCAGAUCUGAGAUUUUUUUGACGGUUAUCUUAUGGAUGGUUGCGUUCAUGGCGUUGUUUAGGUUCCUUGGCUCCUCGUUGUAUCUUGUGCAGAGAUUCUUUGCCAAGUUUAAACAUUCGCAGCGACGUUGA